AAUUCAGUCGGCAACGGUGGUCGGAACUCCGUUCGGACUAUUAUGUAAGAUUAGGCAAUCUGCGAACACACAUCCAUCCAUCCACUUACAUACUCGCCCAACUCCCCCACUUGGCGGCUGAUUCUAUUUGGCAAGUUGCACUUGAGUGAUUUUUCGGGCUUCCAAAAAACGGAAAACCAACAAACCUUUUGAACAGCUAUACGUGCAAUAUGUAAAGCGGCCCAAAUGACGUAGCCGCGAAAACCCGACAAAAGCUGCCAACCAAAGAUCGCGCAAUAUCCAAAACCAUUAUCGAAAGUGAGACCGAGACAAAACCCUCCAAAAGAAAUCCGAACCGUUUUGUAGCGUUUUGAGACCGAACAUCGGAUCCGGAUCGUCAACUUUUAUGGCCAACGUCGCGAGGAUUUGCUAAACACCCUGAAAUGGGCCAAGUUGUUCGGUGUCAGUUGGUCAAAGUGCGUGCCGAGCUGUGAACUGUGACCCGUGAUUCGCGUUUGUGGGUGUGAGAAAACCGCGUUGGAAAAUCCAAAAUUCGUUGAGCAGGUCAGUGAUUAAACUGAUCUGGAACUAAGAGGUUAAGAGAUUUAAAGUCUAAGGAGUAUUUACAAGAGAGCUGCCAGUCGGGUGACGGACAUGAAGAUGUGCAGAUUGCCCAAGCGAACGCGGCUGCUCCAGUCGGUUGUUCUGAUGAUGCUGCUCGUGGAGUUGCAGCAGCCCAUCAGUGGAUUGGAACAGAGUACGGACUAUUCGGUGGUUAGCAAGACUGCUGGAGUGGCAACCACCACUUCUGCACCACCCACUCUAGUGCCACCACUGCGAAUUUUCAAAGGUCGCAUUCAGACAACAACUCCUUCCACUAGAAGUACUUCUGGUACUCGCCCCUUGGCCACUGGCGCUGAAGCGCAACAGGAAUUGGUUGGGAUCUCCUCAAAAUCAUAUAUUUCCGGACCCACCACACAGCCCUCGAAGUUGUCAAAAAGAGCUGGACUGGCAGGACCCAAGAAAUUUCCCAAGGAUGUGCGCAAUCGCAGCAGUAACGCACUGGAGCGCAACAAGCUGCAGCAUGAAGUUCCCGAUCACGUGCCUGACUCCUCUGGCUACAUACCCCAUCGAAUUGGUCAUCCUGUGCAUUUGGAUUAUGGACCUACGGGAGUGGAUUCAAGUGGUGCUCCCACUGGUAGCGGUGGCUAUCAUGCGGUGCCCUAUGAGAACAGCAAGUGGCAGGAGGAAUACUGGGAUCAGGAGUAUGCAGGACAUCAACACAAUGGAACCAGAGUUCAACAUAUCGAAGCGGAGUGUCAGGAUGACUAUAUGAAAAUACGCAUUGGAUUCAAUGGCUCCUUUAGUGGAUUACUGUAUUCAGCUGGAUAUGCCUAUGAUCCGGAUUGCAUGUACAUCAAUGGGUCUGGCAGGGACUACUACGAGUUCUAUAUCCAGUUGAAUCGCUGUGGUACUUUGGGGAAAAAUUCUCUGCAAGAGGAAAGUCGCAAGAAUCCCACGAAUUUUAUGUGGAACACGGUAACUGUUCAAUAUAACCCCUUGAUUGAAGAGGAGUACGAUGAACACUUUAAGGUCACCUGCGAGUAUGGCUAUGACUUCUGGAAAACCGUGACCUUUCCCUUUCUAGAUGUGGAAGUGGCAACUGGCAAUCCUGUGGUCUUCACUUUAAGUCCGCCCGAGUGCUACAUGGAGAUCCAAAAUGGUUAUGGCAUUGGAGGUCCAAGGGUAACAGGUCCAGUGCGUGUGGGCGAUCCGCUGACCUUGAUCAUCUAUAUGAGGAGCAAAUAUGACGGCUUCGACAUAGUGGUCAACGAUUGUUAUGCCCACAAUGGCGCCAACAAGCGGAUACAGCUCAUCGAUCAGCACGGCUGUCCGGUGGAUGACAAGCUCAUCUCACGCUUCAGGGGCUCCUGGUCGGAUUCUGGAGUGUACGAGACCCAGGUGUAUGCGUACAUGAAGACCUUCCGCUUCACUGGAUCCCCAGCGCUCUAUAUCGAGUGCGAUGUGCGGAUGUGCCAUGGACGGUGUCCAAGCCAACCGUGUCACUGGAGGAAUCUGAAAGCAGUGACCAAGCGCGAUACCUCCAACAUGACAGCCACGAACAUCUCGAUUCCUCCAUUGUCAGCCGAUGGAGAGGGACUGACCACAGAGAGCCCGCCAGCCAAUUCCCUAUCCGAAAAUGUGAACCUUUUCCAGUCCCUGCGUGUUCUGCAAGAGGGUGAAACUGAUGGCGAUGAUGUGUAUGCUCAUCGGCAGACGAAACCCUUGUCACCACAUCAAACAUGUUUGAAGACCUCCACAUUUUCGGCAUUGACCGCUGGCUGCUCAGCGGUAUUAUGCGUGCUAACAGUAACCCUUUUCAUUGCCUGUUCGAGACUAAAACGUCGCAAGGAGUCCUCACUGUACGACUCUUAUAUUGCACACAAAGGACAAAUCGAUUGAUGAACCCCAAAUUGGCCAAAUUUUGGUAUAGUUCUGAGCACAUUGUGUAUAUAGCGUAUGGCCCACGAAAUUCUGUUUUAGUUAGAGCUAAGUUUGCUGUAGUCUUUCCUUAGGUUCUGAGUGCUAGUUUUAAGUUUUGAUUUUGCCAACUGAUCGUGCGUGGACUGGAGUAAUAUCUCCUGCGAUUUCUAAAAAUUAAAGACCUUUUAAAA